UUAUUCCAGCGUGGGGACGGGGAUGAGGGACUAUGAAGGAAACGGAGAGCAAACACUGUGCAGCCAGCCUCUUCACCACUCGGCGCGAAGAUGGAUGAUUUGGGGAGACCGUCGUCCCAGCGCCGCAGCUCGCAAUAGGGAGACGUCAGAGCGCUCUGGUCCGCGGUGGAAGAGCCCCCCGGCCCCCCCUCCCGGGCUUCCCUAUAAAAUCAGAGCCCUCGAGGAGGCUGCAGCAGCGGUGGCGGCAGCGGCUCUUCUCCGAGGUCUGCUCUUCCGUCGCUUCUCCCGCUGCGAGAGCGCACUCACCGCCCAGCCCGGCCGCGGCGCUCCGAGGGCUUCCCGCCGGCACCAUGCGCCGCCGCGAGCUCCCGCUCGUCCUGCUGGCGCUGGUCGUCUGCCAAGCGCCCCGGGAGCAGGCGGCCCCGGCGUCGGCGGGCGGAGGGACCCUGCUGGCCAAGAUGUACCCGCGCGGCAACCACUGGGCGGUGGGGCACUUAAUGGGGAAAAAGAGCAUGGGAGAGACCCCAUAUGUUUACGAGGGAAGGAACCUGAGGGAGGACCUUCGGUGGGAAGAAGCUGCAAGGAAUUUGCUUGGCCUCAUGGAAGCAGAGGAGAACAGAAGUGGUCAGCCACCCCAGCGCCAGCCCCGGGGCAAUCGCCAGCCUACCUGGGACUCAGAGGAUGGCAGCAAAUUUAAAGAUGUAGGUUCAAAAGAAGAAGUUGGUGGGCUCACUACUCCAGGUUCUCACCGUGAAGGAAAGCACCCCCAGCUGAAUGGACGAUGACAGCCUCUCAAAGCAGCAGACCAAAACCCUUAAGAGACUGUUCUACAAGCAUCAAUGCUAUUGGAUCAUCAAGGUUUCCUUUGAGCAAAACACCUAACUAUUCUUGUUCCUUUGAACCUUGACUAAAUUCAUGAUUUUCAAGCAGCAUCCAUCUUCUUGUUGAAUUUAUUUGCUGGGAACAACUGCCAAAAAGAGUCUUCCAAGUAAUGCUUUUUACCAGUCCUACAUCUAGGCUAUUUGUAAAUUAGAUUC